UGCAAAGAGAGAGUGAAAGGGAGAGUGAUAAGAAAUUUAUCGUAUAAAGGUGGGGUUUUGCAGACAGAGCCACAUUCAGUGUUACUCAGUCGCGGCGGUACAAAGAAUGAUGAAGUUCAUUGUGUUUGCUGUUCUUCUUGGGCUGGUUGUGUCAGGCAGCUGGGCCCUAGAAUGCCUUCAGUGUGCCCCAGCUAAGGCAGGUGGAGCCUGUGAGGUUACUACAUUUACCUGUCCACCAGAGAAAAACGGAUGUGCGGCUGCCAGGUUCCUCAGAAAACCAUAUGGACAUUUCCAGAAGUGCAUGGCCAUGCCAGACUGUGAGAUGGUGAAACAGAACUCCUACAUCAACAUCAAGUGCUGCCAGAAAGAUUUAUGCAACACUUUUGACUAAACUGCCAUUUAUCGGGCAGAUUAUUACAUAAAAAACAAUGGCUUAUUAUUAGCACAAGUUACACACAUUAACACAAUAUGCAACAUGUUGCAGAACUGCAGCUUGGCACAUAAUUGGUUACAAUAAAAUAUGUAUACUAGCA